AUGGCUCGCGCCCCGGCCAGCCGCCUGGGCCUGCUGCUGCUGCUCACCCAUGGCCUCGUGGCCACCAGGGCCGACCUACUGGGAUUCAACUGGCUGUGGUCCCCUAGGACCUCCAGGCCCACAGGGGAACUGGUCCCCGCGCUCCCGGGCAGCCCACACGCGCAGCCCACGGAGGAGACCACCACGCUCGCGGCCCCCCAGGAUGACCCCGCAGGGUGGGGCAGGGCCCCUGCCAGCCCUGGGCUGCCCCCGGGGAGCCUGCAGGCCGGCCCGGACGGGACUUCCGCUGCACCCACUGCCUCCACCGCAGGCCCGGACACGAAGGAGGAGAACAUCGCCGGCGUCGGAGCCAAGAUCCUGAACGUGGCCCAGGGCAUCCGGAGCUUCGUCCAGCUGUGGGAUGACACCGCUCCCAGAGACAGCUCCACGACGGCAGAGACGCCGGCCCCUGUGACCCCCACGGCCCCCCCCAGCCCCCCCUGGGGGGACGGGACCGCUCCCUGGCUGGGCAGUGGGGCCCCGACCUCUCCCAACACCCGGAGGACCAAGGCCGGCACCCUGCCAGCACCCACCCAGCUGUCUCCCUCCGUGGGCAGGCCCCGGGCACCGCUCAGGGAGCCCUCGGUGCCGCCACCUGCUCCAGGUAGAGCCUCUCUCUCCUCUGCGCCGGGCGGGGCCCCUCCCUGGGGGACCCAGCUGUCCCCGGGGCGGCCCCAGGAUCUGGACGGCGAAGGACCCUCCCCCGAGGCGGCCCGGGCCGGCCGGCUGCACCGACUCGCUGACAACCGCAGGCGCUGGCCGCAUCUGCUUCCGCUGGUGACGGGUCUCCUGGGUGCCCACGCCGCCCCCUUGGCUCUGCCCUCUGACCCCCCCGCCCUGGCGUCUCCGGCCCCACUCCCAGCUGUCAGCGGGGACAAGGGUGCUUGGGCUCCUCGCUCGGCUGCCUCUGCGGGGCCGGGGCUCGCUAACAACUCCGGGCAGCCUGGGCCCCGCCUGCCGCCGCCGCCGCCCUCCCUGCCCGCGUGCGGCCACCUGGGAAUCGGGCGCUCCUGGCUGCCCAGCCACCUCCAGCACUGGAGCCGCGAGGAGGUGCGGGCCGCCGCCCGGGCCUGGGGGCGCCUCCUCGGGACGCACUGCCACCGCUUCCUCGCCGGGUUCUUCUGCCUGCUGCUGGCCCCGCCCCCCGCCCCCCCCCCCUGCCGCCAGUUCUGCGAGGCCCUGGAGGACGCGUGCUGGAGCCACCUGGAGGCGGGCGGGCUGCCGGGCACCUGCGCCUUGCUCCCGGCCCAGGAGGACGGGGGCUGCGUGUUCAUUGGGCCGGGCGCAGAGAACCUGGGCACGGAGGUGGGGCUCCUGCAGCUGCUGGGAGAGCCGCCGCCGCCCCAGGUGACCCAGGUGGAUGACCCCGACGUCGGGCCGGCCUUCGUCUUCGGCCCGGACGCCAACAGCGGCCAGGUGGCCCGGUACCACUUCCCCAGCCCGUUCUUCCGCGACUUCUCCCUGCUCUUCCACAUCCGGCCCGCCACCGACGCUGCGGGGGUGCUGUUUGCCAUCACGGACGCGGCCCAGGCGCUGGUCUCCGUGGGCGUGAAGCUGACGGCCGUGCGUGACGGGCACCAGCAUGUCCAGCUCCUGUACACCGAGCCUGGCGCCGCCCGCACCCACACGGCCGCCAGCUUCCGCCUGCCCGCCUUCACCGGCCAGUGGACGCGCUUCGCGCUCAGCGUGGAUGGCGCCACCGCGGCACUGUUCGUGGACUGCGAGCUGUUCCAGAGGGUGCCCUUGGUGCGCUCCCCGCGGGCCCUGGAGCUGGAACCCGGCGCCGGCCUCCUCGUGGCCCAGGCUGGAGGAGCGGACCCCGACAAGUUCCAGGGGACGAUUGCGGAGCUGAGGGUGCGCGGGGACCCCCGGGUGAGCCCCCUGCACUGUCUGGAAGAGGACGACGACGACAGCGGUGGGGUGUCCGGAGACUUCGGCAGCGGGCAGGAGGGCCCGGAGCAGCCGGGUCCGUCCCCAAAGCCCAGCCUCCCCGAGGCUCCACCGGUCACUUCUCCGCCCUUGGCUGGAGGCAGGAACGUGGAAGAUUCCAGAACUGAAGAAAUUGAGGAAGAAGCCACAAUGUCUUCACUGGGAGCUUGGACCCUCCCUGGCUCAGACUCUGUCACCGCUUGGAACGUUCAGAGCCCUGGGGGCAGCCUGGAAGAGGCUCCUGCGGGCCCUGCAGUGCAGAACCCCGAUGCACAGCCUGUACCCGGCCCACAGGGCCCCCCAGGACCCCCAGGGCCACCGGGGAAGGAUGGUGUCCCCGGAAAGGACGGUGAGCCGGGUGGUCCCGGGGAAGACGGGAUCCUGUAAGGUGACCCUGGGCCGCAGGGCUUCCCCGGGACCCCCGGAGACGUGGGCCCCAAGGGCGAGAAGGGGGACCCUGGGGCCGGGCCAAGAGGACCCCCAGGACCCCAAGGGCCUCCGGGGCCACCAGGACCCUCCUUCAGACACGACAGGCUGACCUUCAUUGACAUGGAGGGGUCCGGGUUUGCCGGUGACCUGGAGAGCCUCCGAGGCCCGAGAGGCUUCCCCGGCCCCCCAGGGCCCCCUGGCGUCCCAGGCCUGCCCGGAGAGCCAGGCCGCUUCGGGGUGAACAGCUCGGACGUCCCAGGCCCUGCGGGCCUCCCUGGCGUGCCUGGGCGGGACGGGGCCCCCGGGCUUCCUGGGGCCCAGGGACCGCCGGGUCCUCCAGGAAGAGACGGGGGGCCGGGAAACACUGGCCAGAAAGGCAGCCCCGGCGAAGCGGGCGCCCCGGGACCUAAGGGAAGCAAGGGGGACCCUGGCCCCACGGGUGCUCCUGGGGAGACCGGCCUGGCAGGAGCCCCCGGACCAGCUGGCCCCCCCGGGCCUCCCGGGCCCCCCGGGCCCCCAGGACCAGGACUCGCCGCAGGGUUUGAUGACAUGGAAGGCUCUGGGGGACCCUUCUGGUCAACUGCUCACGGAGCCAGUGGGCCACAGGGACCGCCAGGCCCGCCGGGAGUCAAGGGGGACCCUGGCAUAGGCGGACCACAGGGCGCCAAGGGAGAAGUCGGAGCGGAUGGACCUCCCGGGUUCCCCGGCCUCCCUGGCAGAGAGGGCGCAGCCGGGGCCCAGGGACCCAAAGGAGAAAAAGGGGCCCAGGGAGAGAAAGGCGACCCAGGGAGGGAUGGCGUGGGGCAGCCCGGCCUCCCCGGACCCCCCGGACCCCCCGGGCCUGUCGUCUAUGUGUCGGAGCAGGACGGAGCCGUGGCAGGCGUGCCGGGACCCGAGGGCCGGCGGGGGUACGCGGGCUUUCCUGGACCGGCCGGGCCAAAGGGAGAUGUGGGCUCCAAAGGCCAGCGGGGCCCCCCGGGACCCAAGGGUGAGAAGGGCGAGCCGGGCCCCGUCUUCAGCCCUGAUGGCCACACGCUGGGCCCCGCCCAGAAAGGAGCCAAGGGAGAGCCUGGCUUCCGAGGACCGCCGGGUCCAUAUGGACGGCCGGGGCACAAAGGGGAGAUUGGCUUCCCUGGGCGGCCGGGCCGCCCCGGGAUGAACGGACUGAAAGGGGAGAAAGGAGAGCCAGGACCCGCCAGCGUCAGCUUGGGUGUGAGGGGUCCGCCCGGGCCCCCAGGGCCCCCAGGCCCCCCAGGCCCUCCGGGGACUCCGGUUUACGACAGCAACGCAUUCAUGGAGGCUGGCCACCCCGGACCUCCGGGAUUGCCAGAGUACCAGGGCCCUCCUGGACCGAAGGGAGACAAAGGAGAAGUGGGCCCAGCCGGACCACCAGGGCAGUUCCCACUCGACCUACUCCAGCUGGAGGCCGAGAUGAAGGGGGAGAAGGGCGACAGAGGAGAGACGGGGCAGAAGGGCGAGCGGGGUGAGCCCGGGAGUGGCAGAUUCUUCAGCUCGAGUGUGCCCGGCCCCCCCGGCCCGCCAGGCGACCCUGGGAUUCCGGGUCCCAAGGGAGAGAGCAUUCGGGGCCAGCCAGGCCCACCCGGACCUCAGGGACCCCCUGGCAUCGGCCAUGAGGGGCGUCAGGGGCCUCCUGGGCCCCCCGGGCCCCCUGGCCCCCCGGGGCCCCCUUCCUUCCCCGGCCCUUACAGGCAGACGAUCAGUGUUCCUGGCCCCCCAGGCCCCCCUGGGCCCCCUGGACCCCCUGGAACCAUGGGCACCUCCUCAGGGGUAAGGAUCUGGGCCACGUACCAGACCAUGCUGGACCAGGUGCCGGAGGUACCAGAGGGCUGGCUCAUCUUCGUGGCCGAGACGGAGGAGCUGUACGUCCGGGUUCGGAAUGGGUUCCGGAAGGUGUUGCUGGAGGCGCGGACGCCCCUCCCACGCGGGACGGUAAGGACGCAGCCGAGUUCAGGGCUUGGAGCCCGGAGGACCUCGGGCUGGGGCUCGAUGGUGGCGGGUCACACGUGCCCUCACGUCCCUGGCACACCGGGGGGACGCUGGGGGCCUGGGGCAUGGGAUGCGGUGUGCAGACCACAAGCCACCUCCUUUCGGGCCACGCUGUCCACCCCUCCUGGAGUGCUGGGCGCAGGGAUGGGCCCCUCUGGGGGGAUGGCGCAGCCCACAAAUUCACGGAUUCGGGUUUCCCACUGCUCUGGCUCCUCCAAGCCCCGGCUUCUCAAGUGGCCUGGGACCCAGGCUGCGUUAGGAAGUGUGUGUCCUGGGCUCCCCGUGAGUCCACCCACACAUGGAGCCCAGGGAGUCCUCCCUUCCCUCCCUCCUCCCUCCCCCCCCCCCCCCCCCCCGUAUGCCAGGCACCGUUGCAGGCGGGGAGGGACUCGCGAGGCCCCUGCCCCGCGGCGCUCACGGGCUGGGGGAAGGUGGGAACGGGUGCCUGGGCCCGGGGACCAGGCAGAGACAGAGCACGCGGCGUGGCAGAAGCUCCACCUGGCGGCACUCAACAGCCCCCAGCCGGGCGGCAUGCGCGGCAUCCGCGGCGCGGACUUCCAGUGCUUCCAGCAGGCGCGCGCCGUGGGGCUGGCGGGCACCUUCCGCGCCUUCCUGUCCUCGCGGCUGCAGGACCUCUCCAGCAUCGUGCGCCGCGCCGACCGCACGGGCGUGCCCGUCGUUAACCUCAGGGACGAGGUGCUGUUCCCCAGCUGGGAGGCCUUGUUGUCCGGCUCGGGGGGCGCGCUGCAGCCCGGCGCCCGCAUCCUGUCCUUCGACGGCAGGGACGUCCUGCAGCACCCUGCCUGGCCCCAGAAGAGCGUGUGGCACGGCUCGGACCCCAGCGGGCGCCGCCUGACCGACAGCUACUGCGAGACGUGGCGGACGGAGGACGCGGGGGCCACUGGCCAGGCGUCCUCACUGCUGGCGGGCAGGCUGCUGGCGCAGAAAGCCGCGAGCUGCCGCAACGCCCUCAUCGUGCUCUGCAUCGAGAACAGCUUCAUGACCUCCUCCUCCAAGUAGGGGCUCCGCCGGACGGCCAGGCGGCCUGGAGCCGGGAAGCCGCCCUGAAGGAGCACUGCCCACACCCGCCCCCAGGGUGGGACCUGGCGGGGACACUCUCCUGUGCGGCUCUGCGGUUCACGUUUAAUGUAACCCUCAAGAAAUAAAAGGAAGCCAAAGAGUGUA